UUUUAAACAUGGAUAACUUAAAGGAAGGCUUCAAGUUGUUCUUCGACCUCGUCAGGAUCCCGGUUAUCGUAUUCUUUCUCUACGUAGUCUACUACAUCUGAAAUAGGCUAUUUCUGCACCCCUAUUUAUUCAGAAGGAAAUACAAGAAGUAUCCCAAUGUGUAUGUUGAUCCUGAGUACAAGCUUAUGAUGGGAGAGAUAGAUACAUAUCUUAAAAAUCAAUCCCAAAACAAAGUUUUUUACUGCCAUAGAAAGGAAGUAGCUCAAAUUAUAAACAAAUAUGAUCUUUCAGUGUCCCUUGAAGGUAUAUAUACUGGGCUUAAAGUAGUGUCUCCACAAGCAAUGAAGGAGUUCUUUGAUCUUCAGCCUGGCAAGAUUGAUAGGCAGCCUGAAACACGAGGGAUAGGCCAGGUAGUUCCCAGAGGUCUUAUGAAUAUAAGAGCAACAGCAGACUUUAAAGAAAAGAGAAAGCAGUACCUUUCUUUGCUCAGUUUGAACUCUUCAUCUAAAUAUCUUCCCUAUAUGCUAAAAACUUGUGAUGGAAUGUUUCAAAAGAUUCCUGAAAAUAAGUACUUCGAGUGUAAUAUUGUCUUAAAUUGCUUGACCUUUUCCAUCUUCUCAAGCAUUGUUUUUGGGGAGGACGUACAAGAGUAUCUCAGUGAUCCUGAAGUGAGGUAUGAUUACAUCACAGAAACCAGAGAAACUGUCCAACUUUCAUUCAGAGAAUUUUUUAUUAAAACAGUUCAAAGCUAUAUUGUUCAAUACUAUGACAUUUAUGGAACGAUUCUUCCAUUUUUGAACACAUACAGAAUCAUUGAACCCUUCAAGACGAAUCAGAAGAAUGUAACGAAGCUGUAUCAGAUUCUUGAGGAUAUCUGCCAGAGGUCAUCUGAUCCUAAAAGUAUUCUCAAACAAUGUGAAAACUUAUAUGACGACUUAGUCAUGUUGAUGGUAGCAGGAACUGACACUUCUUCCCACGUGUUAUGCUCUCUCAUCUAUUUCCUUGAGAAAUUUCAGAUAAAGGAUAAGCUCAGAGAAGAGCUGAAGACUAAAGGCCUUGACAAAGGCAUCAAGCUGGAAGAUAUAACCUCAGAUAAAGUGCAGGAGGUUGAUUAUCUUAACUAUGUCAUCAAGGAAACUAUGAGGAUGGAUUCCCCAACCAUUGAUUCCUUUGGGUAUCAAGCAUAUGAAGACAUCAAUAUCUGAGGAGUUCCUAUUUCUAAAGGUACUCUAGUCAGACCAGAUUUCACGUCUGCUCAUUUUAGCCCAGAUGAAUGGCACUCUCCGAUGGAUUUCAUCCCAGAAAGGUUCGAUCCGGAGUCUGAAUACUUCUAUAAACCAUCACAAGAUGGAAAAAAGGAAGCCAGAUCGCCUUAUUCGUGGUUGACUUUCUCUGCUGGAAUGCGUAAAUGCCCUGGCCAAAGCCUGGCAAUGCUAGAGAUCAAGAUCCUGAUUACAUAUCUGAUAGUCAACUUUGACUAUGAAGUUGACAAGGAUCUCAUCGAGAAUGAUUAUGUUGGCUUCGGACUAGGAUCCCACUUCAAACUAAGAAUGAAGCUCAUGAAAAGAGUGUAGAAUCUUUUAAAUCUUCGAAGAGAUUAUACA